CCAACACUGGCUGCGAAAAAACCGAUUCUAAGUCAGCACUUACAGAAAGCACCGUUCAGGAAGUCAGGAAGUCAAACUUGUCACUUCUGCAAUCAAAACUUUCAGACAUAAAUAUCAGACGUGCAGUUGGAAAUAUAGACAUUCUGACUUCUCCCGCCCUUCUGCUCACUAACAGCCUGUAGCGAUGGACAAGCUUCGUCGUGUGUUAAGCGGCCAUGAGGAGAACGAAGAGCUGGGUCUCACUGACCAGGUCCUCGAUGCCAGCACUCUCAGCUACAGCACCAGGGUGAAAUGUUUUGUCAUAUGCUUUGCUGGAGGCAUCCUGUGUUCAAUACUCGGUUCAGCACUGCUGUUCCUUCCCAAUGGAUCAAAGCUUUUCGCCGUCUUCUACACUAUAGGGAACAUCGCAGCUCUUUCCAGCACCUGCUUCCUCAUGGGACCACUAAAACAGCUGAAGCGCAUGUUUGAACCAAAGAGACUGAUAGCCACCAUUGUCAUGCUGCUCUGCCUUGUCUUAACUCUUUGUGCAGUGUUUUGGUGGCAUAAAAAGGGGCUUGCUAUCAUCUUCUGUAUUCUGCAGUUUCUGGCAAUGACAUGGUAUAGCAUCUCUUACAUUCCAUUUGCCAGGGAUGCUGUGAUGAAAUGCUUCACAACCUGCCUGAGUUAGGACUCCUUAGUCCACUCUUUGAGAAGACUUGUAUGCAAACUCUAAAUACAGAUUAAAGAAGCAGCUCCUGUCUAGUCUGUCCAUCUGUGUGUAUUUGAACACACCUGCUCCUCUCGGCUCAUCACGUUACAUGAACAUCGCUUCUUCUCUUUAAAGUUGCUUUCCUGCCAGAUGUAGAAAUGACCCCGUUAAUUACACUUUUCUGAGCAUUGUGAUUGUGAUGUGACCUAAUAACCCAGAAUAGCUGGCGUCUAGCUCCCUAUGUUGCUUCGGCGUGAUGGCGUAGCCUUUGAGGAUGUGGUUGUCAUGACAACCUCCUCCAGAAAAUUCAUAAAACCUCAGCCUUCUCCCCCCCCAUCUGUGGUGCAGAUGUUCACAUUAUCCUGAUGAGGUGUGCUUUGUUUCUUACUGUAUAGAACACCUUGGACUGGUGGAUUUCUGGCUGAUCUAUUUUAAAACCGUCUUGUGCAUCAAUAGCUACAUGGAGAGUCCCAGCACCCCGUCUCCUUGUGUUAGCUGCAGGAUGUGCCCGAGGUAUAACAAAACAUGCCUCCUCGUCUUUCUGCUUGAUGCGACUGAAUAACAGCAUUGCGCUUCCUGUUGUGCAGCCCCCACAUAGUUUCAUUAGAUGCUUUGUAUAAUGCUACGUGUUGGUGGUGGAUUAGCGUCGACAAAAUCUCCCCUCAGUACUAUUUUUUAUUUUUUUUUCUUUUCCCCCCACCAACUUGGCAGGGACCCAGCAAAUCCUUGAGCAAUUAGUCAGAGGGAUAAAAUGACUGUGUGGUUGUUUUUGUUAUCGGUUUUCUUUGCCCGCUAUUUUUGGAUUACAAUGAAGCUUGAGGAUGAAGGGGAAGAACCCUGACCUCAGAAAUCAGUUUCUGUGUAUCCCAACUGUUUCCUUUUUAUUACAUCUAAUCCAUUAUGUGAGAGGAGAGGGAUCCCACGCCACCACAACACACACCGAUAUAAAAACAAAGUCUGUGUCCCCUUCAGCUUAAUGGUCCAGCUCAUCUUUUAAAGAACUCUCCGUGCCAUUUCUUUUUUUUUUUUAUUCCAAUAGUGAGUCAGUGGCUGUUGACCUAACUAGAUUUUUGGUUUUGUUGGAAAAUAUUCUGCAACAGAAACACAACUCAUGUAGAAAGUUAAACACACAAAAUGUUUAAAGUAAUUAACUACUAUGGGCCCAAUGUUUUUCCUGCCUUUACAGCAAUUCAUUUGUACACUAUAAUGUAAAUUAUUUCUUUCCUUUAAAUCCCUCAUGUUGAUAUAGUAAUUACCAGCUAAAUAAUAUAUGGUCAAAUGUUUCACAAACUGCAAAAGUAUGUAUUCCUCAGGCAAUAAACAGUCUAAAAACUA